AUGUGUCCCCCGCACGUGCCGCUGUUAGAACACUGUGCGCUGAUGACUCUCGAGUGCGACAUGGACCUCAUUACCCUUCUCAUGAAACAACGAAGAGCAGAUUCUAAAAGGAAAGUGGCCCGCCUCAGAGCUCUAGAGGGAACCCGAUGGGAAAGUGAGAAGAGAAUGCAUUCUGCACAGGCAACUCUCCGCGCGUGUAACCCCCCGCCCCGGCUUUCUCACGGGUCCCCGCACCGACAGACUCUGGAAGGAGGUCCUUCAAGGCCCAGAGAGUCACCGCACCGGACAGGAGAGCUCUGCGGUGGGGGGCAGUACUUAAACCCCCUCGUUUCAGUAUCUCAGAAGCCUAGAGAUAACCCACCCCAUCAGGUGGCCUCCUCCUGCAGGCGCGUCUUCCACUCUCGCAGAGCCACUCCCCUCUCCUGCGGCGCGGGGCCGGGACGACGCCGGGAGCCGCGGGCGGCCCGCACGCCCCGAGGCCCGAGGCCCGAGGCGCAGGAGGGGCUCCUGCCCUCUGCUCCGGAGGAGCCCCGGGCCGGCUUCCCCCGCGGAGGAAGCACCUCCCCGCGGGCGAGGCAGCUGUGCUUCUGCCUCCUUCCUGCAGAUGGAGGCCGGCGGGGAAGGCGCGGCUCUGAGGCCGAGAGCCUCUCUGCUCUCAGCAGCCCACGGACGGGGCGACGAAGCCGCCGAACGCCCCUGGGCUGCGGGCGGAGGAGGAAGGCGGCGGACGCGCAGGGGCCGGCCACUGCUUUCUCGACACACUCUCAGAUCCUAGCCUCUACGUGA